CCGUCUCCGACCAUUGCCACCCUCCCUUCUCUCUCUCUCUCUCUCUCUCUCUCUCUCUCUGCUCCCAUCUCUCUCUCAUCCAUGAGGAUCAGGAGGCGCCCACAGCCCGCCCUGCAGCUGGGCUCAGAUCCGACCACGUCCACCACCGCGCCGCAGACGCCGCAGCGGAGCGCGGCGAGGAGCCGGGGGUGGCUCGGGGCGGCCGGCGGCGGCGAGGAUCGCGAGGCGAAGCUGCUGCAUGCGGGCGCGGAUCUCGGGCACAAAUCCGGGGUCGCCAGGCGCCUGGCAUUGCCGCAGGACGACGACAAUGUGGUGGCGGAUCGCGGCGGCAGGAGCAUGGGUGGCGCACAGCAGCAUGGAGUUGGAGCUGGUGAUGGUGGUCACAGGAGAUUCGGCGCGGUGAGUAAUGGCCAUCGCAGCACGGAGCAGAAGGACGGCGUGGCGCGCGCCGGCGGCGUCGGUGGUAAGGCCGAGCCGGAGGCGAAGGCGAAGGCGGAGGAGCGCGCGGCGAGCAACGGCGCGCUGCAGCUAGCGCUGGUGCCGGCGGUGGCCGUGUCCGGCAGCAACGGCGGCGGCGGGGCGAAGAAGCGGCGAGGCCCGGCGGUGCUGCUGGAGGGUUCGCGGUGCAGCCGCGUGAACGGGCGCGGGUGGCGGUGCAGCCAGCCGACGCUGGUGGGGUACUCGCUCUGCGAGCACCACCUCGGCAAGGGCCGGAUGCGGAGCGCGGCCGCGGCCGCCGCCGCCGCGGCGGCGCGGGGCCGGCUCGGGCGCACCGAGCACGGGGCCAGGACGACGGUCCCCGCCGCGGUGGGCGCGGCCUCCAUGGUCACGAUCACCGCCGCGCCGCCGCCCAGGGCCGAGGCGCCGCCGAGCCUGCCGCCCUGCUAG